UGCUCGGCUUACCGGAAGUUCCUAAAAAGAAAGACGCACCGGAUGUUUUGAUUAGCAACCUAAGCACUUGUUUACUUUUGCUUUUAUACACUGAUAGAGGCCGACUUCUGUGGCAGUAGAGUCAAAAUGAAGAAAAUGAACAGUAAUUCCAAAAAGAGGAGGCGGCGGAUGGUCAUGGUUUCCUCGUCCUCGAGUGAGGAAGAUAAAAGGGUAUCAAAGAGAAAAGAAGAUAGCAAAAGUCCUAAAAAGCAAAAGGAUUUCAAGAGUCACAAGAGUAGCACCAAAGUACAGACAAUGUGUGUCAAAGAGGACUUGGAAACCAGUCAUCAGGUCAAAAAACCUGUCUACAGACUUUCAAAGACACAUGGAGAAGAGCAGAACGACAUCAAGAAGGAUAAACAACAUACAAACACUAAAAAUGCUGCUGGGCCUUCUCAUGGGGAAGUUUACUCCAGUAAAGCAGAAGCAAAUUCUUCAGGAAAACACAAAACUGUUGGGGAAAAUAAAACUGUUCAAGCCGAAUCAUCAAAAACAUUGAAUGCUAAAGACAACCACAAAAGAAAAGCCUCCAAAUCCAAAGAUGAAGAUAAACAAGAAACAAACGAGAAGACAUCAAAAGUUUUAGCAGAUAAAUGUUUCUCUGUGAGAGGUCCUUCCAUAGCAAAGAAACGGCGAAUGAGUCCAACUGUAGGCUCAACUGAACAAGGGAAUCAAAGACAUCAUGUAGAGAAGAAAGCUAAAUCAUCAAGAACUGAAGCAGACAGCAGCAUAACUAAAGACCAAGAUCCAUCCUCUACUGGCUGUGAGGAUUCUGCACAUCCAAAGACAAAGCUGCCUGAAAACACAAGUAAAAUCCAUCAAGAAAAGGAAUUAACUACCGAUACAAGCUUAUCUACAGCGCCACUAAAAAUCUCUCCCACUUUCACUCAAAACUCCUUCAAAACAGUCAAUCUCACUACCACAGAGAGUAGUUCAGGGGUGUGGAGCAAUCUCCCUGAAUCCCCUGUGAGUGAUGCAUCAGUCUCACCUCAGAUAUCAGAGUCACUGUCGGAUAAGAGACUCAGGCUUUCUCAAAAGUUUGUGCCUUUUAAAUUUAAGAUACCCAAACAAGUUCGGCCUCAUUUCCAACAGAGCAAAGAUCAUAGUAAAGGCGCUGUGUUGAAGACUGAACCUUCAGACUCUAAGGUAAUUUUAACAAAAGUGAAGCAGGUUGAUACCUUGCCAGAGCACAGCUCUUUGGAUGACACUCCUAAUUCUCAGAUUGAGGAACAAGAAAAUGGAUCAGCUUCUGCUGAUAAACUCCCAGCUGCAAAUGAGGACAACACUGAGCAUAUGUAUGAUCAGUGUGUUCUGCAGUCCCAAGUUGUUGAAGAGCUUCACCUCGCCCGCUCUGACAAGAGGUUAGAGUUAAACGUCACAGAGAGCUACGGGGAACUGACCUGCAUGGACAUAGAUGUGCCAGAAGAGGCAUCAUCAACCAUCCUCAGUCCGCAGCCUCUUCAGCAAGUCCUCGUCCUUGUUUUGGACACCAACAUCCUCCUCAGUCAUUUAGAGUAUGUUAAAAAGAUCACAUCCCAUGGCCUUGGAGCUUUGGGCUUUCCCAUUGUCCUGAUCCCCUGGGUGGUACUGCAGGAGCUGGAUUACUUGAAGAAGGGAAGGGGCCUGUCGGGCUCCGUGGCUCACCUUGCAACCCCUGCCAUCUCUUACAUAUACACCAGUCUGAAGAGACGAGACCCUCGCCUGUGGGGGCAGUCUAUGCAGCAGGCUGCUCAGAGCUGCAAUGGUCUGAAUGCGGAGAAUAAUGAUGACAGGGUGCUGCAAUGCUGCUUGCAAUACCAGAAUAUCUACCCAGAGUGUGCUCUGAUCCUUUGCACCAAUGACAAAAAUCUAUCCAGUAAAGCCUUACUGAGUGGGAUACGCGCUCUCUCCAAGAGUGAUUUAGAGGCAGAAGUGGAAACGUCCAGACAUGGCCUCACUGCUCUACAAAGAGCUCAGGCUCCUGUGAUGCCCCACAAAUGUGAACAGGCCCCAUUGCCAAUGUCAAGGAGGAGUUGCACACAGGCCCCGCCUCAGCAUCAACAGAAAACCGGUUUUCCUCAAGGCUUCCUUGAGGAAGAUGGCACUCGGAAAGAAAGUGGUGCAGGCGCCGAAGAUGACAAUGCAAAACAGAGGCUUAGCGAGUGUCUGUCUGACCUAGAGAAAUGUCUGCGGGACGUUCUCUCCGCUGUGGUAGAAAAGGAGAUGAAGGCCAUUUAUGACAACAUCUGGCUUCAGAUAGUUUGCAGAAAGCCCCCAUGGACACUUCAAGAUGUUUUGCAGUGUUUAAAAAAGCACUGGAUUGCCGUCUUUGGACAUGUCGUGCCAAGAAGACAUGGUGAGACGGUUAUAGAGCUCAUCAAAUUCUUCACUCCGGGUAAAACUCCAGAUUGUCAAAAAACCUCUGAUGCACUGCAGCAAGCGAAAGAGUUUGUGAAAGCAUUUAGGAAAAGGUCGCGUCAUGUUUCCCAGGCCAUCUCUGAGAUGGAGAGGAUCUCCAACAAGCUGCAGCCUCAGCCGCCUUUACGUGUGCUGGAAGACAGUGUGGCUGGAGAUGUUGUCAUGAAUGAAGAUGAGGUGGAGGACAAACAGUCCACAUCUGCUCAAGUCUCCCACCAGGAAGUGUGGGGCAUUUUUGAGAACAUCUGGCUCCAUGUUUAUCAAACCAGCUUGGAGGUGUUCAAAGCACUGAGCUUUGACCCUAGCACCAUGCAGAUUGUUCCUUUGGAGAGAGGCCUGACAUUUCCACAGGAAGCUUUGACCUGUUUGCACAAACUGGCCUCUGUGGUCCUGCAGCUGCUCCAAGCCUUCAGCAGCAUUUUGUCCUCGGCUCCUGGUUUGGAGGAAGUCCAGACUCUGCUCAGCGUCAUCUAUUCCAAUCAGAUUAUUUGUGAAGAUUCCAGGUUAACAGCCACAGUCAUUCUUGACUGUUUCUCACAACCAGACUACAGGGAGAAGCUUCGAGUCGGAGGGGGCCAGUUGAUGGAGCUGAAAAAGGCCUUGGACUGUUGUGUUCGUGCUUCAAACCAGCACCUCGCCUUCACCACGCAGCCUUAAUAAAAGCAAUUUGCACAUCGGCCUAACUGAAAAGUCUUAUUCUGGUUUUUGGACCUAAAGGUGUAAAAAAUGAAGGUAUGUCUUGUCUGGAGUGGACUUGGAUAUAUGGUUAGGGACAUUCUUGUCCUCGAGCGCAUUGAUUGGUUUAAAUGUUUCGUUGUUGCCAGUGCUGGUAAACUUUUUGGUCUUUUGUUUUCCAGUAGGCAACUUUUACUAUUUUUGUUUAUCUGUAUAGACAAAGGGCUUUGACACGUAUCAACAUGGCUGUACUCAUGUUUUAUUCCCAUUAAAUGUACAGUGUGAAUAUUUUGCAAA